UCCCUGCUACCUUGCAGAUUCUCCAUUGAGUGGUGCCUCUCUCUCUGGGCAGAGGCAGUGCUGACGUCAGCCCAGCUGCACUGGCAGGGGCUGUGAUGGUGGGAUGGCGAGAACGCUGCCAGGAAUGUGAUGCACACAUACAAGGAGCCAUGUUAGGAAGAGCAGAGCUGUGUGCUGGGUGUCUUCACAUUUAAAAUGUACAACCCUUCUCCAACCUCCAGUCGGUGAGAGUAUCGAGUGUCCAAACAGGAGACCAGGCUCACUAUGGAUAGCUCACCCAAGCUAGCGGGAGAAACCUUAAUAGUGCAUCAUAUCCCUUUGGUGCACUGCCAAGUACCAGAUAGGCAAUGCUGUCCAACAUCUAACAGAUCCCAUACAUACAGCAAGAACGAUCUUGGAAUUACUAGAACGACUUCUCUACCGGAACGGGACCUAUCCCAGGCGGAUUCUUUGGUCUACAGUAGUUUAAUCCAAACUUCUGAACCAUCGGUGAAAGAACGGGGGAGCAAGAAGGAAGAGGAUUGGCAGGGACCAGUCACUAGAAAGAGACACAACCCAUUCCUACCCAACGAUGACGGUGAAAACGACACAUCAAGCGGAAGUGAUGGGGAAAAGUCUUUCCACCUCCAUGACACUUUAGGUGGGCCAAAAACAGGAUUUCAAUUUCAAGAUCUGUCUUUGCCCCGAUUCCGCCUCCAUGAUAACCCACCUGUUGUGAAACCAUGGGUAUUGACUGGAAGGUCGGGACUUGUGGACGGGCAAGAAGAGAAGACUUCACCUGAUGAUUUGCAGAAGGGUACAAAUGGCAACCUAGGCUCAUCAAUCAUUGAGGACCAGUCUUGGAAUCAUCAUGGUGGGCCUAGCUUUACUCUGGAUUGGAAUCAGAGCUCAGAUUUAGGAAGCCAGGAUUUUCUGCAAAGCCGAGAGUGCACCUGUAAUGGUUCAGAGUCACUGAGGCACUGCAGGUGCUACAGUGCCUCAAGCCAGUCAGAAAUGGACCAGCAGGUGAGCUACGUAAGUGACUCCUCCUGCAAUAGCUCGGACGGGAUUCUUGUUAAUUUCAGUACCUUGUAUAACAAGAUGAAUGGACAACCAAGGUCCAACCUAAAUUCUGGCAGUCUCUCGUGUGACUCUUCAUUUUGCAGUCAUCCGGACACAGGUGCUUUCUACCUUGACCUGCAGAGUUCACCUACAGAAUCCAAGAUGUCCUGUGAUUCCCAUGUUCAAGAAGCUUCCGGCAAGCCAUGUGGUUGCCACAAUGGCUCAUCUUCUCCCGAGCUGGAUGCCAACUGCAAUUCAUACCAUCUUUACUGUGACUCGGUGCCAUGUAAUGGAGAGAGUUCAGAACUAACUUCCUGUCUCCAAAGCCAGGCAAGGGUUGUGGUGUCUACCCAAAAUUAUUAUAAAUUGGUCACAUGUGACUUGUCAUCUCAAUCUUCUCCUAGCCCGGCAGGUUCGUCGAUUACCAGUUGCUCAGAUGACCAUACCAAGGGAAGCCCGGUACAGCCAACAGAGUAUUUUCUUUUCCAGCAGCCACAGACCAGUUCAGAUUCAAAUGAUCCCAAACCCCUCAUAGAAAGAUCUAAGUCAGACACAAUUGAAGGGCAAGUCUAUGUGAAUGUGUCACCGCCAAACUUUAAUACAGGUAGGCAAAGGUCUCGAAGUUAUGACCGCAGCUUGGACAAGAGUCCUUCCAAUCGAUUAGGGUCUCUGGAGCGAAUGAUGAGUUGUCCCGUGAAACUAAGUGAAGGUCAAGCAGUACAAACCCAGGGCUCAUCUCCUAAGAGGGUUACAUCAUUUUUGGAAUUAGCCAAAAGCAGAAAGAAGAAUGGAACCAGCCCACCUUUAAGAUCCAGUGGGGAUUCUUCCCUGGAGUUUUCACCAAUUCCAGAGUAUCAUCGAGAUGGUGGUAGAACCUACGAACAUGGGGAAUUUCGUAGUCACAGCCUUCCACCCAUGUCCUUUUUGCACUGUAUGAGCCGUACGUGUGAGGGCUGCUCAAACGACAAUGUGGAUAAUAAAGCAACAACUUCAAAGCCCACAUCUAGUACUAACCAAGCAUGUGCAACUACCGAAGCGAGUGUUGGCCAGACCUUGAACUGCAAUGCUUUGGAUGCUGGAAGUUCUGGGCUUAACUUUCUGCAAAGAGACCCAAGAGUAAAAGGAGAUGGUAUGGGAGCUGAGGCCAAACCGGUUUUCCGCUACAGCAAAGACCAACGUCCGACCACUUUACCAAUACAGCCAUUUGUUUUCCAGCAUCAUUUUACCAAACCUAAGACUCGCCCCCUGCACAGUCACUUCACCUCUAGCCUGUCCCAGUUGUACGGACUGUCCAGCAAUCGAUCGUCCAGUCAACACAAUGUGUCGGAAUCCCAAUCUUCGGCACCAGGAACUCUGGCCGGGCAGAUGGAGGUCAUUGGUAGUCACAGUAAAAUGAUCAAUGUGCCUGGAAAACUUUCUCUGGAUGGACUGGCGACCAUAAGAGAUGAUCAGAACGCAAAGCAAGUACCCGAGUCGACCCGACCAUCACCGUUGGGCAGUUAUUCCCCAAUCCGGAGUAAUGCCACAUUCUUCCAAAGUAUGGACUCUGGUUCCUCCAGCUCUCCGUCUCCAGAAAAAGCCAAGGAGAACCAACCACCGAGAAGUCGCUCCUGUCCAGUUUCAGCCAAUCUUCUUCCUUUAAGAGCCACACAGGUCCGAGGGACCACAUUACCUGGAGCUGCCAAGCCUACUCGAAAGUAUGAUGGGUCUCCCAAGAGCGAUGUGCCAAGGCCACCAGUCAAGAGAGAACCACUCAAGGAACCAAGCACACAAGUGUCACAUGGACUUCCACCCAUUAACUCUAUCAAUUCUCUACCCCUACUGAACACGGUUCUCCAUGAGGUCACCCAUCCUGGCCAAAAUGAAGAAGACAAGGCCAAACGGGUCCCUGAGAAUAUCAUGAUAUCAAGACCUGUUAAUGCCAAUCACCUGUCCCCUCAAGCGCUGAAGUGGAGGGAGUAUAGGCGCCGGAACCCACUGGGCCUCGACCGAGUUCAUGGGCUGCCGGGACUGUCCGGGAGUCUGGACAGAAGGCAGGAGACGAAGACAGUGAGGAGGAAUCAUUUCUUCGACUUUCCGAGCAGUAUCAACGGCAACAGUUUACACUCACGCUUUUACGGAAAACACUCAUCUCUGAUCUCCAGUGACUUUUUCCCAGACUACUUCUCGGUGACGGAGCGCCCCCCUGCGGAGUUCUGUCUGUCGCCGGACUGCAGUGUUGAAUCGGUGUCUGUUGAUCUCUUGCAGAAGAGGGGUCUGGUGAAGGCUGUGAAUAUGGCGGUAGACCUGGUGGUGGCUCACUUUGGAACAACCCGGGACCCUGGAGUAAAGGCCAAACUGGGGAACAGCUCCGUGAGCCCUAAUAUUGGACAUUUGAUCUUGAAAUACCUUUGCCCAGCUAUCAGGGACAUCCUGAGUGAUGGACUGAAGCCUUGUGUACUGGAUGUUAUCAUCGGACAACGAAGGAACAUGCCAUGGAUGGUGGUGGAAGCAUCCACACAACUAGGUCCCUCCACCAAGCUGCUAUAUACUCUGUGCCAGAAGGUGAACCAGUACUCCGAGCUGUCCAAUCACAACCUGCGCUUCAACGCCUUCAUCUUCGGUCUUCUCAAUAUCCGUUCACUUGAAUUCUGGUUCAACCAUCUGUAUAACCAUGAAGAUAUCAUCUGGGCCCACUAUGACCCUGUCGGCUUCUUGUCUGUAUCUAAUGGGAUAUGCCAGCCUCUGUUUGAAGAGCUGCUUCUCCUACUCCAGCCUCUGUCUCUUUUACCUUUCGAUUUGGACCUUCUCUUUGAGCACCACUUAGUUCAGAUGAGCCGAGAGCAGCAGCAGAAGAAGGAGAUGCUCCGCGUGAAGCAGGACCUCAUGCAGUCGGUUCACUCCACCAUACAGCUCAUGAGGAGCAGAGAUGAGGAAGAACAGGCCGGCCAGGCGAAAAAGAGUCUCGAGAAGACAUCUUCAGAGGAGUCCAACAGCAAUGAGAGGCCGACGGGGGAAGGUGCCACCGCCGUCGAGCUUGACCAAGAGCACAAGAAAGAGACUACAACAGAGGCGAAGAGGGACAAGCAGGCUGGAUGGUGGUACCAACUAAUGCAGAGCUCCCAGGUCUAUAUCGAGAACUCGACAGACACGGCCAGGUUUACACGCCAAGAUAGGAGAAGGCCUGGAAAUGGUGGAACACCCAAAAAAGUGCCUCCCACCAGAGAGGGUGUUGUAGAUGGAGCAGAGGCUUGUCCUUGCGUAGAAGGGACAGUGGAAGACAAACCCUGUAAGAAAGAGAUGGCAGAGGACACACAGAAGGAUAACCGUAAGUCAUGGAUGGGCAGUCCCCCUGAGUCUGUGCUCAAUGAACUUAAACAAGGACAGGAAAAAGAGAAUGGGGACUCAAAAAAGACCACUCAGCCCAGUGGUCAAGAGCAAGGUGCGGCCAAGGAGAAUGUACAGAGCAGCCCUGCCAGGAAAUGGGGGCACUUAUUUGGAUCAAGGAGGCCUAUAAGUGAAGCAAAGCAAAACAACAGGCUGCCCUCGGGCUGGCUGAGCCUGGAUAAGUCCGUGUUCCAGAUGGUGGCUCAGACGGUGAGCGCAGGAAUCUGGGGAGAGGCGUCUUCUGAGAAGGAAAGCGUGGCGGCAGAACGAGGGGCCGUAUCUGUGUCCCCAUCCUCCAUGAACCCUCAACCCGCCAGUUCUUCAUGUCACCACCCAGAACCCAAUCAGAAUGACGUCAGUUUUGCAUAUGAAGCCCAUUCGGACCAGCUACGAUGUGGCCUGCGGAGCCGGAACCCCCUUAUGCCCCUGAAGUUCGUUCCUCAGCCUGACAGAAGAGACUCAUAACCUUCAUGAGACACGUUGGGCUCAAGACACUGGAGGACGGGGCUGAUUCUGACAGCGGCACGAGGAGGGUGCCAGGAUCUCUCGGGGAAGUAUUUUCAUGGUGUCUCUAUUGACCUCUGGGAGGACAUUGGAGCAUUAUGGCUGGACAAGUGUGAGGGGAUAAGGUCCAAUCAAUACAGUAUUCCUUCUUCCUGCGCCCAAACCAACGUGCACGUGUGCUAGCCGUGAUAUUGACGUGAGCUGUGCAUGCAGACAUCCUACAAUAUACUGUGACUUUACCCCCAACGCUUACAUGUUCCCAGACUCAUACUGGGCAAGUAGACUUGUUUUUGGGAUCUGCAUUCCCCCCCCGGCAUUCCCCCAUAACUAGCACUUAACUAUCUAGAAUUUUACUAAACGGCUCUAGGACUUUUUUUUCCCCCUUCCUUAGAAUAGCUUAAGUACGAUCAACUAUGGAAAACAAAACCCUACAGUAUCCGCGACCCCCCCAAGAGCUUACACCCUACUUGGUUACUGGAAGCACAUACCAUUUGCUGCUUAUACUCCUUCCGCUUGUGUCCUUGUAUUAAUAUAGACGAGCUGAGAAGAGAAGGAAGAUGGUGGAUGUAAGAAAGAAGCCCCAAAAAUAAGAAUCCCGCAAUCUCAAGAUGUUAUUUCGGAGCUUGAAGGAUCGUUGGAAAUGCAGGAUGGAUGGGGGGAUUGGAAUUGGAUUUUGGGGCCGGCUUGAGUAGAAUGAGAUAAGUGUUGCAAUGAAGGUUUCGGAGAAUGCAAUGGCAUAUGGGCCCCUAUGCUUGGGGCCCCCACCAUAUGAGAGAGCAGUGGUAUAGCAUUGGGCACUAAAGUGGCAGUAAUCGUACAUUGGCCUCUAUGCUUGUGGAGGGAGUUGGGGUCCGUGUAGAAGCCCAUGAUGAGAUGGGUCCAUAAGGGAACAGUAAUAAGGAUGGCUGAUAUUGCAAUGGACCCUGUUUGGUUCCGUCAUAGGGGGACAAUGGCACUUUAAGCAGGUAGAGCAGACGGGCAUUGAUACAACGUUCGACUGGCCCCCCGAUAUAAUCAUGCUAGAUGUAUAUGUAUACAAAUGUAUAUGUUACUAUCUUAGUAUCGCUUCACAUGUGAUGAUACACCAUGGCACCUGCCCAGGGACGGGUAUUGAAUCAGCACGUGGGACCUAUUGUUCCACCUCUGGUGCCGCAGAAGAUCUUUUUGCCAUCGGAGAGAACAUUUCACACUAAAAGCAACAACCUAUAGCGACAUUGUCUAUAUUCGUAAUACUGGGGCCACUCUAUACAGUAUAUAUAUAUCUCUAUUAUAUCCCUUGACUUGACUUAUUACUGCACUUUGUUCUUUCCAUUGACUUUUUUUAUUUUAUUUUUUGGGAUCCCAAGAGCUGACAAUUCAGUCUUGGCGUCUCAUCGGCCCCUUGCGGUUCAGUCAGAUGCCACCAUAAACGUAGUUGCGCUUUCUGCUGUAAUACCGCACUGGAUUUAGUAUUUGUAACUACUGGAUAUUGAGCGUGAAGAGUGAUCCUUGCCCCAGUGGUUGUAGGGUACCGGGGUGUUUGCUUGUAUGUACGAAACUGUAUAUAGAUAUGGCAGGCAGUGUGUGUGCUGGUUGCUUGCACUGUUAAUAUUAUAUUCUGGAUGAUUUGCGCCGCUGUAGACGGGGGAGUUGUGCACCAUUGUCUAUAGCAGAGCAAGACCGAGCUGCCGAUAUCCUCGAUGUAUCCAUUAUGGGAGUCAUUUAUCAAAACCUGUGGAGAGGCAAAGUUGCCCAGUUGCCCAUAGCAACCAAUCAGCUCGCUUCUUACACUCUUAACAAGGCCUGUGAAAAAUGAAAGCAGCGAUCUGAUUGGUUGCUAUGGGCAACUGGGCAACUUUGCCUCUCCACAGGUUUUGAUAAAUCUCCCCCUUUGUGUAUAAAUGAAAGGAUCCGCAGUUUGGUUUGGAUGGGUCGGAAUUAGCGGAUGUGGGUACCGGGCCCUCUAGUAGUCCAUAGACAUGAAUAGUCUUUUCUAGGUUGUUUCCUUUGUGCUCAAUGUUUUAAAUCCUGCAUUUCAAGGAAUAGAGGAGCGUGGUAUCUGUAGAUGACGGCAAAGGUAUGGGAGGGUAUAAAAAGGGAGCAAACCAUGGUAACAGACCAAGGGGGCACCUAUGGGGCCUACAGAGCCCAACACCACCAUCUGCUCAAACAUGUUCACAAUACUGAUGCUGGGUCCUCACAAAAAACCAGGGAGGCUCUUAUAGGCUUACCUGGAGGUUAAAGGGGUACUCCACCCCUAGACAUAUUAUUCUCUAUCCAAAGGAUAGGAGAUAAGAUGUCUGAUCGCAGGGGUCCGGCCACUGGGCCCCACUGCGCGAUCUCCGUGCAACGGCAUUCUUAACAGUACGUGAUGUCACACCAAGCCCCCUCCAUUGAUGUCUAUGGGAGGGGGCGUGACGACCGUCACGCCCCCUCCCAUAGACACGAAUGGAGGGGGCGUGGCGUGAUGUCACGAGCGCUCUAUACAUACUGUUUAGAAUGCCGGGUGCUGCCCAGAGAUCGCGUGGGGG